GAAAGACGGUGUUAACGUCGAUAGUCACUAUUGGAAUCGUUCAGUAACCCGAAUGUCAGUCGAUAUUCGCAAACUUGACGGCCAGGAUGGAAAGGGACACCCAAUUCACGUGCCACAGAACGUGGGACUCUUGGAAACGUAUCGUUACAUCAUGGAAGAUGCAGCAGAUUCCAGAGUGGCAGAUUGGUUAUUAAUGGGUAACCCGUUUCCGUUGCUGGGAAUUAUAUCUCUUUAUCUGAUCUUCGUGCUUCAUCUUGGCCCACUGUACAUGAAGAAUCGAAAGCCAUUCAAUUUAAACAAGAUUAUGAUUUGUUACAACAUUUUCAUGGCAACUGCGAGUGCAACUGUAUUUCACGGGUUGCUGACGUCAGGCUUCACCACCAAAUUCUCCCUCGGAUGCGAGACCCACACAGUUUCCAACGAUUCGGAAUCUUAUCGCAUGGCUCGAUGGGUGUGGAGGCUCUUAAUGUUGAAAGUCCUCGAGUUGAGCGACACCGUCAUCUUCAUUUUGAGGAAAAAAUACAACCAAGCGUCUUUUCUUCACAUUUAUCACCACGCGUCGACCGUUCUCCUUUCGUGGAUAGCGUGCAAAUUUGUUCCAGGCGGCAUGUGGACGUUCACGAUGAUGCCAAACUGCAUCGUGCACGUGAUUAUGUACACCUAUUAUCUGCUCGCCUGCUUGGGCCCAGAAGUGCAAAAGAGGAUUGCGCCUUGGAAACAAUACAUUACGGGGUUACAAAUGAUCCAGUUCAUCAUCAUGAUAUGUCAUACAAUUCAAACAUUGUUACCUUCGUGUGAACCGAACCGGAAACCGAUAUCUUUUAUCUACAUGUCCCAGAUCCUUAUCAUGUUCUGCAUGUUCUGCGACUAUUACAAGAAAUCAUAUCUGAGAAAAAAGACGGAGUAAAUAUAUAGAGAGUCACAAAAGUUAGGGUGAUUUCGGAUCGCACGCUGUGUAUAAAAGCUGCCGUCAAACCGUAGAAUCCAUCUGUUGUGGCCCGUUACCAUCAGCUGUUCCACCCCUGAAAGUGCAUCUACGCGGUGAUGAUUUCAGUGGAUAAGUUAGAAAGGCCACGAUCGGGAGCGCUCGAUAUAUCGGCGAAAGAGGUUAGGAAGGCACGCGUCGAGAAACAUUGGACAAAUAUCACGAGGACAGAACUCGCGUGUCUGAAUUAGUCCGCAUUUU